ACGAUAAAUUUGAAAUUUCAUUUUGAGCAUAGGAAUGCGUAUAAGUGUUAGUGACAUGCGAUUCGCAUAGUUUUGUUUUUACAUAAAGUCGAGAAUUACCUAAAAAUUUCUUUUUAUCAAUUUAAUAGAAUUUUAAUAACAUUUUACAUUUGGAAUUGUGUUCAAAUUUAUUAUUUUUAGACAUGUCAAUUGUUACUUCUUCACUACGUAGGAUUGCCAUUUCUACAAAGUUGUACAAUCGUCAAAGAACUCAAGGACUUGCAUCAGCUGCAAAAUUCUCUGAAUUUAAUUGGGAAGAUCCAUUAAAUUUGGAAUCACUUUUAACCGAAGAAGAGAUUUCCAUUCGUGAUUCGUUUAGACAAUACUGCCAAUCAGAAUUACUUCCAAGAGUCACACAGGCAAACAGAAAUGAAGUGUUUGACAGGGAUAUUUACAAAGAAAUGGGAAAAUACGGAGCUCUUGGCUGUACAAUUAAAGGAUACGAUUGUGCAGGUGUAUCAAGUGUUGCAUAUGGGCUGAUGACUCGAGAAGUAGAACGAGUUGAUUCAGCAUACAGAUCUGCUUUAUCAGUUCAAAGUAGUCUUGCGAUGGGUGCAAUUUAUAUGUAUGGAAAUGAAGCUCAAAAACAAAAAUAUCUUCCGAAAAUGGCUAAAGGAGAAUUAAUUGGUUGUUUUGGUCUUACCGAGCCUAAUCAUGGAAGUGACAUUGGCGGAAUGGAAACAAGAGCGAAGUUUGAUGCAAAGUCAAAAACUUAUGCUAUAACUGGAAGUAAAACGUGGAUCACAAACUCACCUAUUGCAGAUAUUCUGAUUGUUUGGGCUAAAGUUGAAGACGGGAAAGUUCGUGGUUUUAUUGUUGAUCGAUCUGAAAGUUCUAAUGGCCUUGCAACACCGAAAAUUGAAGGAAAAUUUUCAUUAAGAGCGUCGGAAACUGGAAUGAUUUUAUUAGAUGAUGUAAGAGUGCCUGAAGAAAAUCUUUUACCAAAUGUAAUUGGAAUGAGUGGUCCAUUCGGUUGCUUAAACAACGCUCGUUAUGGAAUUGCUUGGGGAGCUUUAGGUGCUGCUGAAGCUUGCGUAUCAAUGGCAAGACAAUACACGAUGGACAGAAAACAAUUCUCACGGCCAUUAGCACAGACACAAUUGAUUCAAUUGAAACUUGCCGAUGCCAUCACUGAAAUAUCCCUCGGACUCAUGGCUGCUUAUCAGGUUGGGAGAUUAAAGGACAAAGGCCAACACAAUCCUGAUAUGGUGUCACUUAUCAAACGAAAUAAUUCCGGAAAAUCGUUGGAAAUUGCGAGAAAAUGUCGCGAUGCACUUGGUGGUAAUGGAAUAGCUGAUGAAUAUCAUAUUAUUCGACAUGUCAUGAAUCUUGAAGCUGUUAACACUUAUGAAGGUACACAUGACAUUCAUGCUUUAAUCCUUGGCCGUGCCAUAACUGGACUACCAGCAUUUUAAUUUCGUCACUUUGAUGAUUAUUUUUUUAUUCAAAACCAAAAGAAAAAUGUAAAAAUUGUUGAAUUUGUUAUAUUUGGACACUUUAAAGUUUAAACAAAAUUUGAAUAAAACAAGAUAUUAUCAUAUUUUUAACUAACUUCCGAAGCAAA